AUUCCUAACGCAUCCCUGGUGUUCUUGAAGUAUUGCAUAUGUAAUGUAUACAUGUCAAAGUCAUAGGCUACAAGUUCACAACAAUCACAACAAUGGUGGAGCAGCAAGUGUGUCAACAAGUUGACAGGUGAACUAUUUCAUCCUUAUAGUUGUUAUCUAUUAUCUUCUGGUCAGCAGUAAGCUCUACUGACUUCAAAUAUAAGGCUAGAAAAUCAAUUAACUCAGGGAGUAAAAGGCUUGUCCUAAAGUAUAAGAACAAACCUACGUCCAUAAAAUGGCCGAGAAAGUAUACGGUGACCUACUAAAAAUAUAUGAAACGGGGAAGAGUCUUGGCUACCAGAGAGAAGAAUUGGACGAGUGGGUUGCUAAAAUCAUAAGACAGAAUGAGGAGAGAGAUACUAGAAUGGAAGAGAGGAAAGAAAAGGCGAAAGUAGAAGAGGAAGAACGGAAACAAAGGGCGAAAGUAGAAGAGGAAGAACGGAAACAAAGGGCGAAAGUAGAAGAAGAAAAGGCGAAAGUAGAAGAGGAAGAACGGAAACAAAGGGCGAAAGUAGAAGAACGGAAGAUGGCAAUGCAGGAAGAAGAGAUGAGAUUUAAAUGGAAACUAGAAGAGGACCAAGUAGCGGCCAAAAUAAAAAGAGACGACGAGGAAUCGAAGGCCAAAAUUGCCGCAAUCGAAAAAGAGAGUAAAGCAAAGGAUGUAGAGGAGCAGGAAAAUAGAGACACCAGGAAAAGAAAUACGCCCCAAACAAAGAGACAAAAAUUCGUGGAAGGCACGGAUAAGAUGGAUGCAUUUAUCAACAGAUUUGAAAUGCUGAUGAAACUUGAAAAGGAACCACAACACGAAUGGGCCAUACAACUUCUCAGUUUGGUCGGAGGAAAGGCCCUCGAUGCACUACAAGUCCUAAGCGAUGACGAGGUAGCAAACUAUGCCAUCCUCAAGAAAACAUUACUUGAUUUCUAUCAAUACAGCGAGGACGACUACCGACAGAAGUUUCAUGAGCUAAAACCAUAA